UUUAUUGACGUUAAAAUGUAUUUUGAAAUAGAAUAAAACAAUUCUUUAAGCAAAAAAAAAAAUGUUAUUACCAGUACUAUCAAUUUCCAUUUGGGAAAAUAAAAACAAAAGGCUUCUUACGCAAGAGAAUGAAUUCGAUAUGAAUGAAUUCAAAAUUUUGAUUACUUGAAACUCACAUUAUAUCUUCCAUCCUUCUGGUUAUUUGGUUGAAAUUUUUAUAAUGUCGACAAAGCCAACACCAUUAGAGUUAUCUGAGAUGAGCACGAUGUCGUUAGACGAAACAUUUCAUCCGAAUAAAGUUAGUGAAAGCACAGAGAGUAGCUCGAGUAGUACUACACCUCUGAAACCACACACUGGUGGUGAUAUUCGAUGGGAUGCGAUUAAUUCUGCUACUGGUAGAGGUGGACCUCCUCUUAAUCUAAGCAAUUUUCGAUUAUUGAAACGUUUAGGAUAUGGUGAUAUUGGAAGUGUGUACCUUGUGGAACUCAGGGGAACAAAUGCCUUCUUUGCAAUGAAAGUGAUGGAUAAAGGAUCUCUUGCUAGUCGAAAUAAAUUACUCAGAGCACAAACAGAACGCGAGAUUCUUAGUCUACUUGACCAUCCUUUCUUGCCAACGUUGUAUUCACAUUUCGAGACUGAUAAGUUUUAUUGCUUAGUUAUGGAGUUCUGCAGUGGAGGUAAUCUUCAUACGCUCCGUCAAAAACAGCCUAAUAAGCAUUUCACUGAGGAGGCGUCUAGAUUUUAUGCAUCAGAGGUGUUGUUGGCACUUGAGUAUCUGCAUAUGCUCGGAAUUGUUUAUAGGGAUCUUAAGCCAGAAAAUGUACUAGUGAGAGAUGAGGGUCAUAUAAUGCUGUCUGAUUUUGACUUAUCUCUCCGUUGUUCUGUCAAUCCAACGCUUGUUAAGUCUUCAUCUGUACACGGAGGAGGAGGAGGAGGAAAUCCUAGCAGUGGAUCGGGCAUUUUAGACAAUGACAAUGCAGUCCAAGGUUGUAUUCAGCCCUCGACUUUUUUCCCUCGUAACAUUCUUCCUACCAAAAAGAAUCGCAAGUCUAAAUCAGAUUUUGGUCUUUUUGUGGGAGGAUCACUCCCUGAGCUUAUGGCAGAGCCGACUAAUGUGCGUUCCAUGUCUUUUGUUGGCACUCAUGAGUACUUAGCCCCUGAGAUCAUACGCGGAGAGGGUCAUGGUAGUGCAGUUGAUUGGUGGACUUUUGGCAUCUUCUUAUAUGAACUUCUGCAUGGUACAACACCUUUUAAAGGUGCUGGAAAUCGUGCUACGCUCUUCAAUGUUGUAGGACAACCUUUGAGAUUUCCAGAAACUCCGCAAGUGAGUGCUAUUGCACGUGAUCUUAUACGAGGCCUCCUUGUGAAGGAACCACACAAGAGAAUUGCCUAUAAGAGAGGUGCUACUGAGAUAAAACAGCACCCCUUCUUCGAGGGGGUUAAUUGGGCUUUAGUAAGAAGUGCUGUUCCUCCCUCUAUACCUGAACCUGUCGACUUUGCUCAGUACGCUAGUAAAGAUGCAUCAGCUCCUUGUUCAGAUAAGAAGAUGCCAGAUACUGAAAGUCAUGAUAAAAGCAAAAACACUUGUACUGAUUCAUCAUAUAUCGACUUUGAGUACUUCUAGGAGCGGAGUUAAGCUAGUUUGAAAGUACUAAAUCGAAUGGCGUAUAACCAACUCUGUAUCAUCUUGAAGUAUGUUCAGGCAGUGUGUUUUAUUGUGCAUAACAGUGUAACUUCCUAGAAGAAAGCAACUUGAAGCACUUUAGGAAAAAGUAUUGGUGUUUCCUUGACUGAAGUUUUAGUGGUAACUGCUGCUGAUUAAUUGUGAAUAUAAUUCUUUUGAUACUCCAUUCUUUUCAUUUCAUA